GCUGCUAAGGAGAGCUAACAGCUCGCAAUGGCGUCUAGCAAGAUUGCUCUGCCGUCUGCCGUCCUGGUGCUCCGGCUCCUCACCCUUGCCCUCCUCCUCGCGUCUCUUGUCCUCAUCUUGGUCGACAAGUUCCACGUCUCUGACGCCGAGGCUAUUCUCCUCGACGUCCCGGCGAAGGAGAUCACCUUUAAGGACGUCUACGCGUACAGGUACGUGCUGGCUAUCGCUGUUGCUGGGUGCGUCUACACCCUACUGCAGAUUCCGUUUGCGGCAGUCAGCAUCGCCAGAAGGAAGACGAGGAUCGGAGGCAGCGAGGGCGUCGCCUUGCUCCUCAUAUGCGCCGACGUGGUCUUCGCAGUGGUGAUCGCCACGGGCGCGGCUGCCGGCUACGGCUACACCGUGGACGCGAAGCGCGACGCCGACUCCACGUACCGCAGCUGGGAACGGUUUGCUGCCGCCACCGGGAGUCUGAUUCCCCCUGAGGUCACCCAGCUCAACACGGACAUCAACAGGUUCUUCAUGCUGGCCUUCGCCUCCGCCGGGUUCAUGCUGCUCGCUGCCGCCUGCAUGGUCCUCAUCAUAAUGAUCUCCGUCUACGCGCUCGUCCGAAGAUGAUUCGGCACCACAUGUCUUGAUCGAAUUUCCUCGAUAAUAUAUGUUGUUCUACUCGAUCAUCACCUGACUGUCUUUUGGAGAAUAUAAAUAAUGAGAAAUCUAAUUGGCUACGUCCGCCCGCCUAGCAAAACCCAACACAAUAGUGUCCCAAAAAAG